AUGUCAUUUAACAAGAAAUAUGCUGGCCUUCCUGACCUAGAUCCAGCCCCCGAUAUCUAUGAAACCCCAGAUCUGACCGACGAGGCAUCCACACUUCCCACUGCAACGAUUCGCACGGCCUCCGACGCGGAUGAUGACGCUGGCUCAAACUCCGAUAUUGACCGACACGGAGUCGAUGUCGACGACGCGCGUGCUCAUUUCCUGGGGGCUACUGUAGACGCCCGCGAUGUCAAUUUCUCCGAUAGCAUUGCCCUGAAACGAAAAUCAUACAGAAGCAAAAGCCGUCGACGACGAAGAGGUCCUGAUAGGAUAGAAGAAGUGGGUGAUGCCAGCGACACGGAGGAGGAAAGCUUCGAGAGGAAGCUGGCCCGCCUGCGCAGGGAAGUUGAGGAGUUGAAGGAUGAGAUGGCCUCACGACAAACAACAGCGGAAUCCACCGAGGAGCCUGUCGAAGCGGUAGACGACGGUGUGCUGGAACUGAGCCGGGCGCUGGACAACCUUCAUGGAUCUUCUCGAAAUGCGUCAGGGUCGCACUCCGCUGCCGCAGCGUUGUCCCAGAAGCUUGUGUCCACUUCUUCCCAAGGCAUUCCAGGCGAAUCCAAGGGAACUGACGAGCCGAUUGCGACAGAAGAUGCAGUGACUCCGGCUUCCGCUGGCGUUCUGGCACAUGCUGCAGCCUUUGACGGCCGGCUAGCAUUGAUUGAAUCCGCCAUGGGCAUCUCCAGCUCUUCCAAUCCUUUUGUUUCUGACGGCAUUUCCGAGCCGGCACUCCAGCCCGUCCUUCCAGCCCUGGACCACCUCACUUCCCGACUAUCCACACUUACGAAUAUGCUUGCCGGUCCCACUCCGGCAUCAGCCGUACCAACUACUGGGUCAGCUCCACCAUCGACAACAUUCACAACCACCCACCUCGAGGCCCUAUCAAGCCGGGUACGAAGACUGACCGCGGAUACCGAGGCACUCGCUUCGGCGCGGAAACGUGCGGUUGACGCCGCCAAAGCCGCUCAGAACGCCCGUAUCGCGACCUCCACGAUCGAGCAGACCUCCGACAUGUCGGUGUCAUCCGGGUCGGCCACCGAAAUCGACCAAGCAGCUACUCAGCGUGACGAACAAGCCACGAAGAUCCAAGCCCUCUACGCUACCCUCCCUACUAUCCAGUCCCUUCAUCCUAUCCUACCCAGCGUGCUCGAGCGGUUACGUUCCCUCCGUGCCAUCCACGCGGGGGCCGCGCAGGCAGCGGAUUCACUCAAUGAGCUCGAGAAGAGACAUGCGGAGAUGACGCGGGAGAUUGAGCAAUGGCGUGAAGGGUUGAAGGUGGUCGAGGAGAAGAUGGGACAGAGCGAGGCAGCAAUGAAGAGCAACAUCGAGUUAGUCGAGCCAUGGGUCCGCGACUUGGAAAAGAGACUGGACCGGCUGGAAAGCCGUGAGGAUUGA